GCGAUGAUACUAAUCCUCCUACUACUACACACAUGCUGGUCCAGAGCCCAGCUCCCCUAUAUAAAUCCACCCCCGUUUUCUCUCCUCUCCUCUCACCUCACCACACCACGUCUCCGCUCCUGCCACCUCACGCGCCCUCCUCUGUUCCUCUCUCCUCUGCUUCUACUGGUUUCUUCUUCUCUGAGGACGGACGACACAGCAUAGCUCAACGAGUGAGUGAGUGAGGCGAGAGGUGGGGGAUAUACAUACAUACAUACAUAGAAUUGAGCGGUGCUGUUGGUGCGGAUGAUGGGCUGGUGGUGGAUCGCGGCGGCGGCGGCGGCGCUGGCGUACGUGGCGGCCAAGCUGAUGGAGGUGCUGUGGUGGCGGCCGCGGCGCGUGGAGGAGCACUUCGCGCGGCAGGGGAUCAGGGGCCCGCCCUACCGCUUCUUCAUCGGGUGCGUCCGGGAGAUGGUGGCGCUCAUGGUGGCCGCCUCCGCCAAGCCAAUGCCGCCACCCUACCGCUCCCACAACGUCCUCCCCCGCGUCCUCGCCUUCUACCACCACUGGAAGAAAAUCUACGGCUCCACGUUCCUCAUAUGGUUCGGCCCGACGCCGCGGCUCGCCGUGGCCGACCCCGACCUCAUCCGGGAGAUCCUCCUCUCGCGCGCAGAGCACUUCGACCGCUACGAGUCGCACCCCAUGGUGCGGCAGCUCGAGGGGGAGGGGCUCGUCAGCCUGCGCGGCGAGAAGUGGGCGCACCACCGCAGGGUGCUCGCGCCCACCUUCCACAUGGAGAACCUCAAGAUGCUGCUGCCGUUCAUCGGGAAGACGGUGGUGGACAUGGCGGAGAAGUGGGUCACCAUGGCCGACCCCGCGUCCGGCGAGGUCGAGAUCGACGUGUCCGAGUGGUUCCAGAUCGUGACAGAGGACGCCAUCACGCGCACGGCCUUUGGCCGGAGCUACGAGGACGGCAAGGCAGUCUUCAAGCUGCAGACGCAGCUAAUGGCCUUCGCCUCCGAGGCAUUCCGCAAGGUCUUCAUCCCUGGAUACAGGUUCUUGCCGACCAAGAAGAACACGAGCUCGUGGAAACUGGACAAGGAGAUCAGGAAGAACCUGGUGACGCUCAUCGGCCGGCGGCAGGAGGCCACGGACGACGAGAGGCUCCAAGGGUGCGCCAAGGACCUCCUCGGCCUCAUGAUCAACGCCAGCAGCAACGGCGGCAGGAGAGGGCAGCCGGUCAGCCCCAUCACCGUGAACGACAUCGUGGAGGAGUGCAAGACGUUCUUCUUCGCCGGCAAGCAGACGACGUCCAACCUCCUGACAUGGACCACCGUGGUGCUCGCCAUGCACCCGGAGUGGCAGGAGCGUGCCAGGCAGGAGGUCCUCGAAGUCUGCGGCGCGCACGACAUCCCCUGCCGCGAGCAGCUCGCCAAGCUCAAGACUCUCGGCAUGAUCCUGAACGAGACGCUGCGGCUGUACCCUCCGGCGGUGGCGACGGUGCGGCGGGCCAAGUCCGACGUGGUGCUCGGCGGUUACCACAUCCCGCGCGACACGGAGCUGCUGAUCCCCAUCAUGGCCGUGCACCACGACGCGCGGCUGUGGGGGCCGGACGCGACCCAGUUCAACCCGGCGCGGUUCGCGGACGGCGUGGCGCGGGCGGCCAAGCACCCGACAGCCUUCAUACCCUUCGGGCUAGGCGCGCGGAUGUGCAUCGGCCAGAACCUGGCGCUCCUGGAGGCCAAGCUCACGGUGGCCAUCAUUCUCCAGCGGUUCGAGUUCCGGCUGUCGCCCAAGUACGUCCACGCGCCCACGGUCCUGAUGCUCCUCCACCCGCAGUACGGCGCGCCCGUGAUCUUCCGAUCCCGCUCAUCAUCCCAGACGCCAGACCGUCAUGUGUGAAAAGAUGAUGAACUCACUAACAACAUUGUCAGUGCGAAUUGUGACUGGCAGAAUGACAUGCCGAAAUGACCAUGUGCUGCUCAUGGUGUGUGCUGCUUUGCUUUGUCAUAUCCAGGGCGGAGAUCACUGGAGCAAAGCUCUGGUACCACCAAGAGAAUGACUACAAGAACCACCCCCCUGUACUGUACUGCACUAACAUAUAAUGCCUGCCAGCAGCUUAGAUUAGUAGAGAGGUAGUAACAGUGUAGAAGGCUUGAGCUUGAGCUGUGUCUCCCAAGUUUUUCUGUCCUUUUCGGGUUGAUGAUGGUUUCUUCCUCGGUGGA